GGAUGUAUCCUUUCGGCUACUGCUGUAGAGCUCUGACGGCGAAUUUCAUACUGAGGGAAACAAAAAAACCCCAAAAUGGAAGCAGAAAUGAAGAAGAAAAUCGAAGAGACGGUGCGGAAAAUCCUGGAACAUUCAGAUAUGAGUGAAACGACAGAGUACCAGAUUAGAAAACAAGCCUCCGAGAAGAUGGGUUUGGACCUCUCUCAAUCGCAGUACAAGGCUUUUGUUAGAACCGUGGUCAAUUCCUUCCUCGAAGAACAAGAAGAAAAGUCUAAACAAGAACAAGAGCAAGAGGUGGAGCAAGAAGAACAAGAAGCUAAGAACGUAGAUGAGGAGUAUGAUGAUGAGGGUAAUCUCAUUAUUUGCAAGCUGUCUGAUAAGAGAAGAGUGACGAUUCAAGAUUUCAGAGGGAAGACUUUGGUUUCGAUAAGGGAGUAUUAUAAGAAAGAUGACAAAGAACUUCCUUCUGCUAAAGGGAUAGCCUUGACUGAGGAACAAUGGUCGGCCUUAAAAAAUAAUGUGCCUGCUAUAGAGGAAGCUAUCAGAAUGAUGGAAUCAAGGAUCAUGUGAGAGAUCAUCCGGGAGUCAUUAUUCUGAAUAUCCCACUUGAAUAUGUACUUUUGUCUUUUGAAGCUCUAGUUUCCCUGGGUUGUAAACAUUAAGUGUUAAUGUCUCCACUUGGGGUUUCUUAUGAAUAUGUUGGAACUCUGUAAUAACGAUUCCCCUUGGUUGCUAAAAGUCUCAGAAAAAUAUUAGCUGACUACCUAAUUUUAUGGGUGGAGUUGAUUCAAACUAAGCCAAGCUGGGGGCUGUCUCAAGCUUGAAUUGAAGUCAUAAUGUUCAAGCUCAUUUAAACUGGUAUACAGUAUCAUUAGAGGGUUAUCAAUGA